GCCGCCUCCAGUCGCCUGGCUUUUCGCCCUGCGGUGCCCGGCCCUUCCCCAUGCUAGCACCUCGGACUACGGAAAACGGGGUCCCCAUGUCCCAAACCGAGGCUGACUUGGCUCUGCGGCCGCCGCCGGCUCUCACCUCCUCGGGGCCAACCCGCUUGGGGCCACCUCCUCGGCGAGUGCGCCGCUUCUCUGGGAAGGCUGAGCCCCGACCCCGCUCUUCACGACCGAACCGCCGCAGCUCAGUCGAUUUGGGACUGCUGAGCUCCUGGUCUCAACCAGUGUCACUCCUUCCGGAACCCCCCGAUCCUCCGGACCCCGCUGGCCACACGAAGAGCCCACCUCCUAGCGCCAAAGAAACCUCCGAGGGCACAUGGACCGGGGCAGCCCUGGUGAAGGCUGCAGACUCGGCAAGUCCUGAGCUCACGAUACCUUCGGGAGGUCUCGGGUCCCGGGAACCACCGAGACUUCUUGAUGCUGCAGCCCGGGAGCGGCGGCGGGAGCAGGAAGAGAAAGAGGACACAGAGACCCAGGCUGUGGCAACGUCUCCAGACGGCCGAUACCUCAAGUUUGACAUUGAGAUUGGAAGAGGCUCCUUCAAGACGGUGUAUCGAGGGCUAGACACCGACACCACGGUAGAGGUGGCCUGGUGUGAACUGCAGACUCGGAAACUAUCUCGAGCGGAACGGCAGCGAUUCUCCGAGGAGGUUGAGAUGCUUAAGGGGCUACAGCACCCCAACAUCGUCCGCUUCUAUGACUCGUGGAAGUCGGUGCUGAGGGGCCAGGUUUGCAUCGUACUGGUCACUGAACUCAUGACCUCCGGCACGCUCAAGACGUACCUGAGGCGGUUCCGCGAAAUGAAGCCCCGAGUCCUUCAGCGCUGGAGUCGCCAAAUCUUGAGGGGACUUCAUUUCCUACAUUCCCGAGUGCCCCCCAUCCUGCACCGAGAUCUCAAGUGUGACAACGUUUUCAUUACCGGCCCUUCAGGCUCGGUCAAAAUCGGAGAUCUUGGACUGGCCACGCUCAAGCGCGCCUCCUUUGCCAAGAGCGUCAUCGGGACCCCGGAAUUUAUGGCCCCCGAGAUGUAUGAGGAAAAGUACGACGAGGCGGUGGACGUGUACGCCUUUGGCAUGUGCAUGCUGGAGAUGGCUACAUCGGAGUAUCCCUACUCUGAGUGCCAGAACGCAGCACAAAUCUACCGCAAGGUCACGUCGGGCACAAAGCCCAACAGCUUCUACAAGGUGAAGAUGCCGGAGGUGAAGGAGAUCAUUGAAGGCUGCAUCCGCACGGAUAAGAAUGAGAGGUUCACCAUUCAGGAUCUCCUGGCCCACGCGUUCUUCCGCGAGGAACGAGGUGUGCACGUGGAGCUGGCAGAAGAGGAUGACGGCGAGAAGCCGGGUCUCAAACUCUGGCUGCGCAUGGAGGAUGCGCGGCGCGGGGGGCGCCCACGGGACAACCAGGCCAUCGAGUUCCUGUUCCAGCUUGGCCGGGACGCUGCUGAGGAGGUGGCUCAGGAGAUGGUAGCCUUGGGCUUAGUUUGCGAAGCUGACUACCAGCCAGUGGCCCGUGCAGUCCGGGAACGGGUUGCUGCCAUUCAGCGGAAGCGGGAGAAGCUUCGAAAAGCUAGGGAGUUGAAGGUUCUUCCACAGGAGUCAGGACCUCCUCCAGCAACUGUGUCCAUGGCUCCUGGUGCCACCAGUGCCUUCCCCCCGGAGCCCGAGGAACCAGAGGCUGACCAGCACCAAUCCUUCCUCUUCCGCCAUGCUAGCUACUCAUCUACCACCUCUGAUUGCGAGACUGAUGGCUACCUCAGCUCCUCCGGCUUCCUGGAUGCCUCAGACCCUGCCCUUCAGCCCCCCGUGGGGGUGCCAUCCAGCCCUGCUGAGUCCCAUCUCUGCUUGCCCUCGGGUUUCGCCUUGUCCAUUCCACGCUCUGGCCCUGGCAGUGACUUUUCUCCUGGGGAUAGCUGUGCCUCAGAUGCAGCAUCAGGCCUCAGUGACAUGGGAGAAGGGGGGCAGACGAGGAAACCUCCAGUGAAGAGCCUUCGUCGGAGACCCCGAUCCCGGCUGCGGGUCACUAGUGUCUCAGACCAGAAUGACAGAGUUGUGGAGUGCCAGCUACAGACCCACAACAGCAAGAUGGUGACCUUCCGAUUUGAUCUGGAUGGGGACAGCCCGGAGGAGAUUGCAGCGGCCAUGGUGUACAAUGAGUUCAUUCUGCCCUCGGAGCGAGAUGGAUUCCUGAGCAGGAUCCGAGAGAUUAUCCAGCGAGUGGAGACCCUGCUGAAGAGAGAUCCUGGUCCUCCGGAGACUGCUGAACAUGCCCUGAGCCCUCAGGCAGAGCCAGCAGCACCGCCUGCCCUCCCAGGCCCACCAAAUGCAGAGCCCCAGAGAAGCAUCUCCCCAGAACAGAGGAGCUGGGCAGCCUUCUCUACCUCUCCAUCUUCUCCUGGAACCCCCAUGUCCCCUGGAACCCCAUUUUCCCUUGGGACGCCCCCUGUCUUCCCAUGCCCCAUCUUUCCAAUCCCUUCACCCUCAUGCCAUCCCUGCCCAUUCUCCCAGGUCUCUUCAAAUCCCUGUCCGCAGACCCCCAGCUCCCCACCUCCACCCUUUGCCAGUGCUCCUCACUUCCCACUCCCAUCCUCUCACCUCCCUGUGAGUGCCCUCCCCACUAGCUCUUCUCACCCAUUCCCUCCUAGUUGUUCCCAAGUUACUCUUAGCCCCUCUCCUCCCCCCCUCCCCGCUACCACAGCAGGCCCCCUCCUCUCUCUGGCUAGUGCCUUCUCUCUGGCUGUGAUGACUGUGGCCCAGUCCCUGUUGUCCCCUUCCCCUGGGCUUCUUUCUCAGUCUCCUCCAGGUCCCUUGCCUAGCCUGCCCCUUCCCCUUGCUUCUUGUGGCCAGGAGAGCCUUUUACCCCAAAUGGCUGAGACACAGAGUGAGGCUUCCCAAAACGCUGCUCAGCCACUACUGGGCGAAGCUAGACUGGCACCCAUCUCUGAAGAGGGGAAGCCCCAGCUUGUUGGGCGGUUCCAAGUGACUUCAUCCAAGGAACCAGCAGAGCUGCCCCUGCAGCCAGCACCCCCAACUCUCUCCAGUUCCCUAAAGCUUCCAACCCCUCAGCUGACCUCGGAGAGCUCAGACACAGAGGACAGUGCCGCCGGAGGACCAGAGACCAGGGAGGCCCUGGCAGAGAGUGACCGUGCAGCCGAGGGCCUAGGGGUGGCAAUCGAAGAGGAAGGGAAUGACGGGGCCCGGACUGGGGGAAGUUCCCCACUCUUGAGUCAUCCCAGCCCAGUGUGGAUGAACUACUCCUACAGCAGCCUGUGUCUGAGCAGCGAGGAGUCAGAGAGCAGCGGGGAGGAUGAGGAGUUCUGGGCUGAGCUGCAGACUCUUCGGCAGAAACACUUAUCGGAAGUGGAGGCACUGCAGACCCUACAGAAGAAAGAAAUCGAGGACUUGUACAGCCGGCUGGGGAAGCAGCCCCCACCUGGUAUCGUAGCCCCAGCUGCUAUGCUGUCCAGCCGCCAGCGCCGCCUCUCCAAGGGCAGCUUCCCCACCUCCCGCCGCAACAGCCUGCAGCGCUCUGACCUCCCUGGCCCUGAGCUCUCCCUCCCUGCUCCCAGGCAUCAUGCGAAGGAACUCCCUGAGUGGCAGCAGCACCGGCUCCCAGGAGCAGCGGGCAAGCAAGGGGGUGACAUUCGCCGGGGAUGUUGGCAGGAUGGUGAGGGCGGGCCCAAAGGAGGGCGAGCCCAGGGAAUGGUGACUGGCAGCAGCUUUGCCUUCCCCCACCUUUGGGUGUUUCCUCAGCAUUUUUCUUUUCCCCUCCAGUGAAUUCAGAACAGAAGUCCUAUGUCUCCCCAACACCAGGGCCCACCGUGGCUCUCAGAAUCUGAUGCUUUUGUGACCAACUGAACUCAGCACAGAACAGCCCAGCACUGAGGGUGUAGAAGGCCUGGGGGCAUGGAAAGUGCGAUUGUGUUAUCCUGAAGAGAGUCAAACAAUGUGGGGGCUCUGCUGUGUGGAAAUGUCACUUCUGUCCCUACCCCACCUUCGUCUUUGCUCCUCCCCAGGCAAGGGCUAACCACUAAGCAAUCCCACUCAAGUCCAGAUGCUUCUAGAAGGCCAGCUUCCAGCUGGGAGUGUAGCAGGUGUGCUCACACCUCCAAAGUGAACAGCAAUCAAUAAAAAUACUGGGAAGGAU